AUUAAUUUGUAUGCAAAAUUUAUCAUUAAAAUGAAUAUAAACAUUAAUAAUCUGCUUAAUGCAUAAGAUGAGUAUUUUAAUAAGUUAGAGGAGCAUUACUAAAAAGAAAAAUGCAAUAAAAUAUAAAUGAAAGAAUUUACCAUUUAAAUGUGUAUUAAAAUUUAGAGGUUUAUUAGGUAGAAAAUUUUUAAGAGAAAGCUAAGAGCUGUCAUAAAAAUUCAACUUUGGUGGCUGAAGUAUUUCUAAAAAAAGCAAAAUCAAAAAAACAUUAUUCAUAGAGCUAGACUAUUAAUAUCAAAAUAUAAAAUAUUCUAUUUUUUAUAAAAAAUACACAAAAAGAAGAAAGUUCUUAAAUUUACUUAAAUCGAACUUAAUCAUUUAAAGGCAUUAAAAUUUUCAAAAACAGAAUUAUAAAAAAUAAUAUUCUUGCAAUAGUUUUUUUCUAUGAGAUAUAAAGUUAAAAAAAACUACUUAAAACAUUUAGUUAAGAAGAUUAAAACCAAAAUUUAAGCUUCCUAAUUUCUAAAGCGCUAAAAGGAAUUAUCGCUGAUGACUUCAAACAUGUACAGAGAGUAACUGAUGACUAAUUUAGCUUUUGAAAAUGAAAUAAAAUUCAUAGACAAUACUUUAUCAUACAAUUAGUUAAGUUUUAAACAAAAGUGGGAUCAAUAUGAACAGAAGUUAACAAAAUUCAUGAAAGGAAGGAAUAAAACAGACAAUUUCAUUGAGUAGAGGAAUGCGUUUGGUGAAAGUGUGUGGACAAAUAUAAAGACAAUGGAACAAACUGAUGUUAAUCCAGUUGAUUAGUAUUUGCAAGCUAAUAUUAAAAAAUUCAAAGAAUAAGCAGAAAACGAAUUCCUUUUGCAAAAUGAAUACUUAGAAAAAGCAAGGGACCAGCUUGUUAUUUCUAAAUAAAAUUAUCAGAAAGCAUCAGUUGAUAUGUUUUUAAAAUACCUUAAUUCUAAUAAAUGAGUUAUAUUUGUAAACAUUUACAUAUAAAAAAACUUUAGUAAUAACAAACAUUCUAUCUAUUUCUACAGAGUUGGUUACACAUUUUCCAAAAUACUUAAAACUGCCUUU